AGUGUCGCAGAGGAGCGCAACGACCCGAGACCAUUCCGCUGCACCACCAAAUCGACCAGACGACGAACUGGGGACGUGUACACUUUACUCACAGUCGGCAAGAGCGCCUACCGACCCACGAACUAACGAGACGCAGAGCCGCACGAGCCCCCGCGUAUCGGCAAAGAGACCCAACACUUCAUCUAACUCUCUGUUGGACGUGUUCCAGAUUGAGGCAACGUCGUUCGCCCAUGCACUUCGCACGAGAGCAGUACCGAAGCAGAGAAUCAAAGUCUCUUUGCUGACAACUAGACAACACACGGAUCCGGUCCAGGAUCGUGACCAAGCAAAAUAGAGCUCGAACACCGAGUUCGAUUCGGCUUCGGCGUGCCUGCGGGAAAUCUGAUGUUCAGCGACGCAUAGCCGCUUCCGAGGGCCAUGUAGACACCUUAGUUAAUGUACGAUUCCGUUCACGUUGUCGUGGCUUUGUGAUUAAACGUACAGUUAUCAGAUAGACGAGGGCUGCAACUGCUGUACAACUAGAUUCAUAUGUUGCGAUGCCUUUCCUAUCUCUGUUAGGCCGGACAUCAUGGUUUUGUGUAUGUUGCUAUGCCAGUGUGCGACGUUCGAACAACGGCCACGAAACGCACGACGUUUGAUAAUGAAUGAAUCUUCGUCACAGAGCGAGCUGAAUGAAGGAGACGUCAGCUAGUACUGGGUCACUCGUCGCUACUGCCAGAUGACGAUGUGUGCAACGACAGUAGCGAUUUCGCUGAACAAACUGGCCGCCGCGGACGCGUUACGUCGUGACUGUGCAUACAUCCGAAUGUAGAGAACCAACAACCCUACUUUCAAUAGCAAUUAUGAGCCCAUUGUUCGUUCUCAAUCUUGUUGAGCUCGCAACGAAGCUGACGCUGACCAUGUCGCGAAGAGUUCAGUACCUCGGGGAAGUCUCCCCCAGGAUGCAUGAAAGCAACUCGUGCGGAGGGUCAUUCUAAAACUUGUGUGUUCCGUUGUUGGGCUCCAUUGCGUGCUGCUUUGCGAUUGGAAGGAGAAACACUUUACGGCCCGAACGGCAACAUGCACAACUUAGUCCUGGCGUUGCUGGCAUUUCUGUCUUCAUGGGAAGACUACGAAACCAGGUACGAUUCUCUGGAGGACCAUCAAAAUCGUCUCCACCUAUCAAUUCACGAAGAAACGGCUUGGAGAGCCAAUACGCACAGGCUGAGAUCGAAAUCUUGCGAAUCCUUGAAUAAAGGAAACUACUUUGCAGAAACAGGUCGUGGUUUGCCUUUACAGAACCAUGUCCGAGUUCCGCUGCAGGCUUCGGUUGCUCGGCGGCUUUCUGACCGGGAGUCGGAAAAGAGGAGUCAAGGUGGCGACAACGGAAACGGCACUACCCCACCUUUGCCACCACGGCGGACCCCGUCUCCGCGGCCUUCAGGAGCCAGUGGAGUUGUGCAACAAAGUGGUGCCAGUGUGCGCACGCCUAUGAUGUUGGGGACAGGUGGCCAACACCUCUCUGACCAGGGAGCUACAGGUGCAGUCGCACCAUCAGUGCAAUCUUCCUCAGCCGCUGCUGCCAGUGGUGCGGGCGCAUUGCCUCUAGUCCAAUUUUUCGGAAGCGGUAGAGGUUUGCUUCAACCCCCUCAUCUCUGCCGGGAGUGUAACAUUGUAGAGACAGCUGUGGGGGCGCUUAUGCUGACACGAGAACGGAGACGGGCUGCCGCGCGUGAGGCAGCUGAUCGAAUAGCGGCACUGGAGUUGCGGCAUUCGGAUCUUGUCGAUUCAUUUAGACGGGGAAGUCUCGGACUAGGUGUACAGGCGGGUUCUGUCCUCGAGAGUCACCGGGCUCUGCGACAGGCACGCCAAGACGCUCUACAAGAAGCAAAAGUGUUCCAGGAAGAAGAAGCCACCUUGCAAGAUUUUAUUGAUGCGAGCUACCACGAGCGUGAGAGGCAAGAGCACAGAAGUCAUGACCUUCACAAGCGGCGCCUGCGAAAUCAGCUAGCAGAAUAUGCUCUGUUACGGGCCGAGGCGGCACUAGAACGACAACUUCAAGCGGCGACGCUCCAGAGGCGGCUCAUGGACGUACUCUCACAGGCCUUAGUCGCAGAAGGCGAGGAAGACAUUCGUCGGAUGAGAGAUGAAGAAGAAACAAUUCGACGGCAACUCCAGGACCUGGACGAGGAAAGGACGAAUCCGCACCGUGGCCGUAGGAAACCCGCCUGAUGCAGCAGUCACCAGAUACGUCAAGUGUGCCAUGCAGAGCUACUUGAGAAAACAACAAUGCUUCUGAACGCGAAAUGGCGGUAUCGGAGGUGUAAUGUACGUAACGGAACGAGGAACUCCCUGAUCUUACUUUGUCAGUCAUGCUAUACGGAAAGCAGAAUGCCUUCACUAUAGCAGAUGUGCAUCCCUUUAAGUGUGAGGGACGCAGGAGCCCGUUUUGCGCCGCGUGAUUCUGUUGACACUGACACCUUCUCAUUCGUUUCAUUUUCUACUAAGAAGCAGGUGCGACGCUGUGAACGUGAUUUUCUGGCAAAGUGAUACACGACUGCGGGAUUCCCAAUGAAUGCUGUGGGGCACGUUUCACCGUAUCAAGGAAACAAACUAAACGUCACGUGGGAAUGCAGCACAUACGCCAGUUACCCUUUUCUUAGCAAGAGGUCGAUGAAGAAACCAAAACCGCUUUUACAGCAUAUUUGACAUAGUCAAUCGAGGGGCAAACGAAACAUUGAAGAGUGCCAGUGUCGUUUUGAAAGUCUACAUUCGAUUGGCGGCCAACACCCACCCCCAAGCGUAUCUAAUUGAUAGUGCGGUUUCCGAUGCCUCUAUUGAACAACUGAGUUGCCGGACAAGUGGCCAGCUGUGUUGGCAGACAGAGUGGUGAACAAAUCUGUAUUCAGAAACUUCUGAAUGGCUGUAGUCGU